AAAUGUUGCUAUUAUUAUGAUUCUGUCAGUUCUUUGUGUUUACUAAUUGAUUUGAAUGUAGAAACUUAAUUUUGAUUUGAUAUUUUUUUAUGGAGUGCUCAGUGUUAUAGGUAUUUAAUUUAUUGUUUUCAUUACUUUCACAAUUAGAUGGGACAGCACAUUUACUAAACGAAAUCCAACUUUAAAUUACGUCUCAAGAUGCCACAAUGCGUAAUCGGAAACAUAAAAAUUCACAUAGAAGUGCCUCUAGUCCUCAUAUUUUUUGCAUUUAUUGUUUCAGAUUCAGUUAAGACUAACUUAAUCAUCUUUCGAACAUGCUAUGUGACACUGGGUUACAACAAAUCAGAAUGUGCCUUACUUGGAAGCAAACACACCGACAACAGCACAGCCAAUUUAGAAAAAAUCGUGGAACCUUAUGCAGCUUUAGUAAACAUGGUUGGGUUACUAGUAGAUGGAUGUAUUUCAGCGGUGACAUGUCUAGUGAUAGGUCCUUGGUCGGACCGGUUUGGUCGGAAACCAAUCCUUAUUAUUCCAGUCUUUGGAUUUAUUGUAACAUAUCUGCUCCUUGCACUUUUUGCCGUUUUGGAGAACUUAUCUCCUUGGUAUAUCCUUCUAUGUUCAAUUCCCAUACUUGUAACCGGAGGAGUAUCUUCCUACCUUACUGUUCUUUUAUGCUACAUAACUGAUGUAACUAAUGAGAACAAUCGCGGGAUGAGAAUGGGCGUUUUUGAGGCUCUUCUCUCUCUAGGAAUAUUCUUGGGGAACGUUUCAAGCUCCUAUAUUUUUGCAGCCACUAACUACUCUACCGUUUUUCUAUUAUCAUCAGCUUGCUGUUUACUCAAUUUAUUAUUUACCAUGUUUUUCAUACCGGAAUCGAUCACAAGUCCCGAAUCUGAGGGACGUCUCAAAGGCCUGUUUCAAUUCGACAAUGUCACAGAUUUGGUCAAAACAACUUUCAAAAAACGAAGAAACUACGACCGCUGUGUUGUCCUCUCUUGCGUCCUAAUGCUCACACUUUUUAUUCUUGUGAUAAACGGAGACGGAGCUUUGGUUUUCCUAUUUUUAAGAGAAAAAUUCCACUGGUCUUUGGAACAGUACACACUGUUUAGCGCCGCUCACAACGUGACCUGGGUUUUGGGCACCGCUGUCGGUAUUUACCUGUUACACAAAUUGUUGAAAAUUCCUGAAACCGUAAUGAUUGUGAUUGGUUUCAUUUCCAUGUUUAUUGGGGCCCUGGUUAUGGGUCUAGCUAUCUACAGUUGGCAGGUUUAUGCUGCUGCGUUUUCACGCGCUUUGGGGGGCGUUUUGAGUCCGAUGGUCCGAUCUCUGGUCUCGAAAAUAGUGCCAAAUGACGAAAUCGGGAAAGUUUUCGCGUUGAUUGUCGCCACGGAAUCUUUGAUUGGAAUGGGGGGAUCCCCGAUUUUUACCGCAAUUUACAACACCACGAUUUCCACCGAUGCGGGGAUUUUUAAUUUCGUGGCUGCGGGCGUUUAUGUUGUUGAAAUUUUGAUAGCAAUAGGCAUUAUUUUGGUGAGGAACGUCACUACGUCUACGACUGAAAAUUAUAGCCAAAUUGUGAACGAGAACGAUAACGAAGAGAGAUCAACUGUGGAUGUUUCAAGUUUGUCUUAAAAAAAUGGAAAUCUCGGAUUAUGUUAUGUGAUAAUUAUUAUGUAUCUCGUAAAAAUAUUUUAAUAAAUUAACAGCAAUAUGUACAUAAGUGAUAUAUUUUUAUUGUAACGGAACUGCACUGUAUUUAUGUAAAUAAAUAAAUUUAUAAAUUAAUAAAA